AUUCAUUUUCCAUGCCGCUUAUUCCUCACGAGGGUCUUAUUAUUGCUAUUAGUUUAAAAAAGAAUAUUUGAAAUGUGGUGGACUCCAACUCCCAUGAGUCAAUGCGUAGACAAGGCGGAUUCGCAACAUGUCUUGAAACUUUUCUCGGAGUGCAUGCGUGUGUGUUUUCUUUACUGUGACUUCGAGUGCGUGGCAAAGCAAGUCGACCCCGGUUGUUUCUUCACGUUUCGACAACUGGACCGGAGAGCAACAGAGAGGAUUCCUUGAGGACAAUUCCAUGAUCUAUUGAGUGCUAAGCCAGGGAUUUGUCCAGUGAACAGCACAAGUCAUGUACCAGGUUGUACCCGGGGGAGCCGGUGGCACAAUAACAGAUGUUAUCCCCAAGCAGAAGCACAGCAAGGACACCAGACCGUUAGUAGGAGCAGGAGUACUUGGCCUGGUACUGGUGAUUGCAGCAGUAUCUGCAUGGUCUUAUUACAUAGCCUCGCUCCGAAAAGCUGAGCUGCUGAAAACUCAGCUGCUGGAUCUAAAUAAAGAUGGCUAUAUCAUUCGCAACCAGGGAGGAGCCAUUGUUUUCAGAAUGGAUUUUAGGUCAGGGACAUUGGAUUUGGACUCUUGCACCAAAGAAGGAGAGCUUCUCAGCUGUUCACGCACUACUGAUAGAAGCCUUAACUUUUUCAUUGAGACAGUACGUCCCAAAGACACAGUGCAGUGCUACCGUGUGCGUUGGGAGGAGCUGGUUCCCGACAUUUCUGUCGCACACGCAAUGACUUACAAGUUUGCCCACUGGUACGGUGGUGCGGUGUCAGCGAUUCAGCAUUGGCCUAUUUCCAUCUCUGGACAACAGUCUCCCAAACCCUUCGUAACAAGUGACAUCUACUCCAAUCGGAACGAGUUUGGAGGAAUCUUGGAGAGCUAUUGGCUUUCUUCUAAUGCCACGGCAAUCAAAAUUAAUAAUUCUGUACCCUUCCACUUGGGUUGGAAUGACACGGAAAAGACCAUGUACUUCCAAGCAAGGUACAACGACAGUCCCUUCAAGCCAAACCCAGGAGAGGCUCCAUGUGCUGAACUUAGCUACAGAGUAUGUGUUGGCUCGGAUGUGACAUCUAUCCACAAGUAUAUGGUCCGUCGAUACUUUAACAAACCAAACAAAGUUCCUGCCAAAGCCAUGUUUCAGCACCCAAUCUGGUCCACCUGGGCACAUCAUAAGACAGACAUUGAUCAAGAAAAACUUCUGACAUAUGCUGCUAACAUUCGGAAGUAUAACUUUAACUGCAGCCACCUGGAGCUAGAUGACCGUUACACACCCCGCUAUGGAGAAUUUGAAUUUGACCCAAUGAAAUUCCCCAACGCCUCAGCCAUGUUUCAAAAGCUCAAGUCAGAUGGAUUUCUCGUGUCCCUCUGGAUUCACCCUUUUGUGAACUACAACUCGGAGAACUUCCAUACUUGUGUUGAGAGGGGCCUGUUUGUCCGGGAGCCUACAGGACAGCUGCCAGCUUUAGUCCGCUGGUGGAAUGGCAUUGGUGGAAUUGUGGACUUCACAAACCCAGACGCUCGUGAUUGGUAUGCUUCCCAGCUCCGUUCCCUUCGCUCCAGAUAUGGCGUGUCUUCUUUCAAGUUUGAUGCCGGCGAGACCAACUACUUACCUUGGAAAUUUAGCACCAGAACACCCAUUCGAGAUCCAAGUUUUUUCACAAGACGCUACACAGAGAUGGCCAUUCCCUACAAUGACAGAGCAGAGCUACGUAGCGGUUAUCAAUCUCAGAACAUAUCAUGCUUCUUCAGGCCUAUCGAUAGGGACUCUGUGUGGGGCUAUGAGUUGGGACUCAAAUCCCUUAUCCCCACUGUGCUUACCAUCAGCAUUCUGGGUUAUCAGUUCAUUCUACCUGACAUGAUUGGAGGAAAUGCCUAUCUGAACCGCACUGAUGGAAAUCAGGCAUUACCAGACCGAGAACUCUACAUCCGCUGGCUCGAGCUGUCUGCGUUCAUGCCCUCCAUGCAGUUUUCUAUCCCGCCAUGGACCUAUGACAACGAAGUUGUGGAGAUUGCUCGCAAAUACACGGCUCUACAUCAGAGUAUCGUGGCGCCACGUGUCUUGGAGCUUGCUGGUGAGGUGCUGGACACCGGAGACCCAAUUAUACGACCCUUAUGGUGGAUUGCCACAGGUGACGAGACUGCCUAUAAAAUAGACUCUCAGUUCCUGAUAGGAGACGAUCUCAUGGUAGCUCCUGUUUUAGAGCCCGGAAAGCAAGAGCGGGAUAUUUACCUCCCAGCUGGUCGCUGGAAAAGCUAUAAAGGGGAGAGGUUUGAUAUCAAAGAGCCACUGCACCUCACAGAUUAUCCUGUAGAUCUGGAUGAAAUUGCUUACUUUGUUUGGGUGUAAAAAGAAGUCAACGCUUGGCAAGUUAACAACUUAAUGAAAGAAAUUCUGACAUUUUUUGGGAUCGUCAAAGUUUCAAGUCUUCAGACUUGUGGUGUAACAAAUCUGAAUUAAAAUUUCAUUAAAUUUACACCCAAGAGCCUUUUUCAGCCACUUUGAGUGAAAGAUAGGAAGAUAACUAUUCAUCGUAGUGCAUGCCAAUACAGUAUAUUUUCAAAAGAAAGCAUACUGAAUGUGAAUGAGAGGCAAAACUGCAGUGAUGAACUUGAAAAUAAGAUAGAGUGCCAUUAUGUGCAUGGAUUAGAUAAGGUUUCUGGAACAUAUUUUGCUUUUCAUAGUCGACUACCGGAUAUCCACUUGCAUUUGAAAAAUUUAAACCCCCGAUCCUUGUAGUUUGUAAACUUGCAGUAGUGUGCUAUGUAACAUGUAACAAGAACAAACUCCAUUUAUAUACUUAGUAGAGGUGGGAAUCUUGGGGCACCUAACGAUUCGAUUACGAUUCAGUGGCUACGAUUUGAUUAUAAAUCGAUUAUUGUUGCGCCCCCCCCCCCAGCUAUUAGCUGCUUUUAAUGUUUUGUACAUUAGUAAAAAAAAAAAAAAUGUACAAAAAUCCUCUCAGGCUUAAAUAAACGACUAUUUCAGUAUCAAGUUAACCGUUCAAAACGGUAAAUAAAAUACUCAAGUCCCCAUUCUGUAUCAGCAGCUUUGAACUACAUUCAAUUAAUGUUGUGAAUCAACUGUUAAAGUUGUUAUAAUUGUUCCCGUUAUUCCAUAAUUUCCCUUCCGUCUACUUUCGACAUAUGAAAGUUUUAAACUGUUUCAUCAUUUAAAGAUACAGUGGGGCAAAAAAAUAUUUAGUCAACUACCAAUUGUGCAAGUUUUCCC